AUGUUCCGCACUGUUCCCCGCAUGGCUGGAUUCGUGUUCCGCGAGAACCGUGUCCCUUACUACCAGCGUCUCUUCCAGCAGCACGAUGGCAAGCGUCAGUGGUGGAAGACUGAUCGUAGCAAGUACAUCAUGUACCCCUACCUCCUCUCCGUUUACGGUCUGGGCAUUGCCACCACCUAUGCCAUGUGCCGUAUGGUCCUUGGCCACAAGACCUGGUUCGGCAAGAACUAG